GGAGUCGCUUGGGUCAUGGGCAUGGCGCUGACUGAAAGUGCAGAGAGCUAAACAGAUUCAGUAUUACGUACUUGAUCGAUUUUAUUCAACAAAAAAUUGCAAACCGGAGAGCCUUUUCUAACCACCUUUCAUACACGAAACAGCUGGUGCUUAAUACCACAGAAGACAUGGAAAAUCACACGCCGAGUCACCCUUUACCUGUUGCAAUUCAGCAGAUGGAUCCUGAUGAGACGGUAUGUAAGUACUGUGGAGUCAGCUACCUGAUCCAUCACGAAUUCAAGCUGAUGGAAGAGAAAGUCAAAGCAAUGGAGGCUGAGGUGGAGUUUUAUCGGGGCAGCGUAGAGCGAGAAAGGAGACUGCUAGUGGAUUUACAGACCCUGAACAUGCGUCUGGAGCAGUACAAGACAACCAGUGAACAACAAUCUGAGAGCUUGAAAGUCGUUAGCAUGCAAUUGGCAGGCAAACAGACCGAACUGAAGACUAUAAUUGGUGACAUGAACAGCAUUGAGAACAAGUUAAAAGAAGCCGAACACCAGUCCCAAAUGUUCAGGUCGAAAUACCAAGAACAGGGCUCUGCCUUGAAGAAGACAUUGGGUUUUCUUCAGCUGAUGAAGAAGGAGCUGACAAGAGUCAGGUGUGCUGUUUCUGAUUUCUCAGACAUCCAGAGAGGGUUUAGCGCAGAGCUGCUGAAUAGAAGCAGAGACGCUCAUGGAGAAAUCACCACAUUACAUGAAUCUCUGGGCACCUCUCAGACGCAGAUUACAUGCCUUCGAGAGCAGGUGAGGGAUCUUCAGUCUGUGGCAACUGCAGCUGAGUUAAAAUCGCAGCAGCUCCAAACCUUAGUCCACGGAGAAUCCCAACUGCAAAACAAGUGCCAUGAAAUGCAAAAACAAACAUUGGACUUAAACAAUCAGCUUAAAACUCUCCAGCUGAGACUCCAGAAAGGAACCUCUGAAAUGGAGCAUUAUAAGCAGCUAUUUGUGUCCAAAUCAAAUGAAAAUGAAGAUAAUCUUUCCAGACUGAGACGACAUGAAAAUGAACGAAAAGAAGCUGAAUCUAGACGCUGUGAGGAGUUAAGAGCGAAGGAAGAAGAGUGGCUGGCUUGUAACCAGAAAUGCAAAUAUUUACAGGAGCAGCUUUCUGAAAAGGAGAGGAAGGAAGAGGAAAUAAGUCGAAGAAACUCUCGAUUAGAAAAUGAGAAUGAAACUCUGAAAACUGCCCUGAAGCAGGCUGAAGAGGAAGUAUCCACUUUGAAGCAGGAAAGGGAGUUAGCAAUGCUUUCUCAUCAGAGUGCAAUUGAACAGCUGCGGGAGAGCUUCAGACAGGAGAUGCUGGAAGGAGAUAGCUGGGGGUCAAAGGUUAAUGAAGAGCUGUCAAAAGAACGAGCACAGCUCUCCUUAGGGUUACAUGAGGCUGAACAGAGGUUGAGAGAAGAAGCUAGAAUGGAGUUAGAUAUUGAGAGAGCAAAAUUUCAGGAGUUAAUCCAGAAAUACCAGAAAGAACACAAAGAGCUUCAGAAAAAGGUGCCUUUCCUUAUUCGUACUGCCACCACGGAGCUGAAAGAAGAAAUUAGUAGUUUGGAGAAAAAGUUGGAGGGAGCUCAAAUGAGUCUAACGGAGAAGGAGGACAAAAAAGAUCAAGAAAUUGAGAGCCUGAAGAAACUGGUCUUUGAGUUAGAGAGCCAGCUGAAGCAUGAACAGAACAGUGUUGAUUGUUUGACUACAGAGUUGAGGCACAAUAAACAGCAGAAGUCACAAAAGCUAAUAGAAAUAAAUAAAGAACUGGACCAGCUAACACAGGAGUCCUAUCAAUUGCAAGAAGAGAACUGUCUGCUCCAGGAGACUGUGCGCAGAGAGUGUGAGGAACGGUUUGAGCUAACUGAGGCGUUGAGCCAUGCCCGAGAGCAGCUACUGGAGCUGAAACGACUCAGCGGGGAGCUACAGAUUUCACAUCGCUCUCUCAGUCAAAGUAAUCUGGUGUUGUCCCCCCCAUCUGCCAGCAGCCAAGGACAGAAAGGCAUAAACACCAAGAGUUCAGGGAUAGAGACAAAGCGUGGAGGCCUGACAAGAUUAGUUGGAAAUGCUGAAAUACCUAGCAGCACUCGGCUGCGCAGCAGUGGUAAUGAACUACCUACAAUUCCCCUUCCACACCCACCAAGGGAGAGGGCAUCUUCCAUGAGUGAAGCCAGGCACAGAAUCGCAGCUGUCAUGCGAAGAAAGGAGAACAAGAUGUGACUCGCGAAGCCUGGGUUCAAUGUUUGUGCCUAAAAUGAACCCAUCAUUUAAAUUGCUUAGUUUGAUCAACGUUACUGUGUAAGGUUUUUGAUUUUUUUGUGGCAGAAGAGAAGCUGAAAAUCUGCAUGGCAUGGAACUCAUUUCCUUUUAAAGCGGACCACGUGGAACUGGAAGGAUUAUGCUGCUGUUGGAAACUGUUUUUCAUUAUUAACAGUAUUUGCUUUAAGCAGUGUAACCUUGAACGUUAAUCUUUCUAUAAUCUGCAUUAAUAAUCAAAAUGUUUUGGGGAAGUGUAGGGAAAGCUUGACUGGAAAUAUUUUAAGGAAGUUAAUUUUCUAUAUAUUUUUUUUUUACUUCUUCCUUAUAUAUCUCAAGUAUUCACAUUUAUUACAACCUGCUUUAUUCUGGCUUUGCCAAGAAAUAAAAUGACCUAUAUCACCUAUAUCCCUUGAUGACUAUGUAUUUCCUUAGUUGUUUAUUAUUUUGCAUGUUUACUUAGAACCAUCAUGUAUCUUUAAUUCAUGUAUCCACAGUUUUUUCAUUGAAUGGUGAGUCACUAAUCCUGUACUUGACAAACAUCAUACAGUAGUUUAAUAGUAGAAUUCCAACAUUCUUCUCUUUAAAGAAAUAUUUUCUGCAAUUAUAUACAGUGGCUUGCGAAAGUAUUGACCCCCCUUGGCAUUUUUCCUA